AUGAGGCUCCGCAUCAUGAACAUACUUGUUUCCAGCCUUCUGCUGACCGUUGCCGGCGUCGACGCCUGCCAAUGCCGCCAGGGUUCCAGACAGGGCCAAUACUGCGGGCACUGCUCCCAAGUUCUUCCUACCGCCGAUUUCAUCUAUAACCAUGUGUACGAAUGCAAUCCGAGCGGGGGUUGUCGUGACUAUGGCUACCGCAGGGACUGCGAUAGCGAUCGUAACCCCUGCCCAUUUUUAGAGAGCGAUGUUAUGACUGGCCGUGUGAAGGACGACGGACCAUUGGCCAAGUGGGCAGUGGUUGCAGAAUUUAAAUGA